AUGCCCCAAACGGAAGUCUGCAACUCCAAGGACUGGCAAGAAGUUGCUGCAGAACAUGAGGAUGUUUACGUCCGAGUGCUGGAGAGUGCCUAUGGCGUCUUGUCUGGACUUCGGUCCUUGGAGGCCGAAGCUGGCAUGAGGCUGUUAUUGAUCUAUGUGGCAUUUGUGGUGCUGGCAGUGCUCAACGUGGUGACAGGCGUGUUCGUGGACAACGCAUUUAGAUGUGCAGAGAAGCAGCGAAGCCUUGCAAUACAGAAAGAAAUGGAUCGGCAGGAGCAGUUCGUGCAGCAGAUUCGCGAUUUCUUUGCAGCCAUGGAUCAGGACGAUUCAGGAGACGUGACGCCGGAGGAGCUAGCGGAAAUGCUCAAGGAUCCAACGCUCUCAGCAUACUUCCGAGUCCUUGGGUUUGAAAUUGAUGACGCAGCUCGCUUUAUCAAUUUAUUGGACAAGGACAAGGACGGUAGCAUCAGCGUCGAAGAGUUCCUGCGCGGAUGUCUGAAAUAUCGUGGUAUGGCGACGGCUGUUGACAUGCAUCAGUGCUUGCGCUUGGUACGGCAAACUCAGCGCUCCCUUGUGGAGCUGAGAUCUUGCAUUUAUGCCAAGCCCUCCUCGCUGCCACAGUCGCCGCGAUACCCGCUAGGCCCGCACUGGCUGACCCUGUCUUUGGAGCUAUCAGGCUGCACAUGCCCUGUUGAGGAUGCGCUUGUCUGUUGCCUUUCUGGCAAGAGAGCUCAAGCUCGUAGACUUGCCAGAUCAGAAAGUUCGUAG